AUGGACAGACAAUCUGUUUACUCAUUGAGCGUUCUACCGCCCGAGUACGACAACGAGGAUACUCGCGGCCAAAUUCAGACGCAGCUGGAGCAGUUCAUUCUGCAAUUCCGUCUCGAGAAUGCCUUCAUUUACAGAGACCAAAUCCGCGAGAACGUUCUUCUCAAGCAAUACUUUUGCGAUGUCGAUGUCGGCCAUCUGAUCUCUUUCAACGAAGAGCUGGCUCACCGACUCGUCACCGAACCAGCUGAGAUCAUUCCCCUUUUCGAGGCUGCCUUAAAGAGAUGCACCCAUCGUAUUGUCUACCCCUCUACUAAGGACGUUGUCAUCCCUGAGCACCAGCUCCUGCUUCACUCCUCAGCUGGCGAUAUUUCCAUUCGAAAUCUCGACGCUCUCACAAUCUCACGGCUGGUCCGAGUACCUGGCAUCGUCAUUGGCGCAUCGGUCUUGUCCUCGAAAGCAACAGCACUCCACAUUCAAUGCCGAAAUUGCCAUCAGACGAAGGUUUUGCCAGUCGCUGGCGGCUUUGCUGGAGUAUCUCUUCCUCGACUGUGCGACAGGGUUAAGAUGCCCGGAGACAACCCAUGCCCAAUGGACCCAUACGUCGUUGUUCACGAGAGCUCUCAAUUUGUUGAUCAGCAGAUCAUCAAGUUGCAAGAGGCACCCGAUCAAGUUCCUGUCGGAGAACUUCCAAGACACGUCCUCAUCUCUACAGACCGAUACUUGACAAACCGCGUAGUUCCUGGAACAAGAUGCAUGAUCACGGGUAUCUUCUCAAUUUACCAAAACAAACAAUCUAAGGGCUCCAAUACUACUUCAGCAGUUGCGAUUCGGACUCCAUAUCUCAGAGCAGUGGGCAUUCACAGCGAUGUUGACCACACCGCGAAAGGAAACGCUAUCUUCUCCGAGGAAGAAGAGCAGGAAUUCCUCGAAAUGAGCCGGAGACCCGACCUCUACAAUGUGCUUGCAAACUGCAUAGCUCCGUCCAUCUACGGCAAUCAAGAUAUCAAGAAGGCCAUUGCCUGUCUUCUCUUUGGUGGAUCAAAGAAGAUCUUACCGGACGGAAUGAAGCUUCGUGGAGAUAUCAACGUUCUUUUGCUUGGUGACCCUGGUACCGCAAAAUCUCAACUGCUAAAAUUCGUCGAGAAGGUCGCUCCUAUUGCAAUUUAUACAUCUGGCAAAGGAUCUUCAGCAGCAGGUCUCACAGCCUCAGUUCAGCGAGAUCAUACCACGAGAGAGUUCUACCUUGAGGGAGGAGCUAUGGUGCUAGCUGAUGGAGGCGUGGUCUGCAUCGAUGAGUUCGACAAGAUGCGAGACGAAGAUAGAGUAGCUAUCCACGAAGCUAUGGAACAGCAGACCAUUUCAAUUGCCAAAGCAGGCAUCACUACAAUCCUGAAUGCUCGGACAUCAGUGCUCGCUGCUGCAAAUCCUAUUUUUGGACGAUAUGACGACCUCAAGACACCGGGAGAGAAUAUCGAUUUCCAAACUACGAUCCUCUCUCGUUUCGAUAUGAUCUUCAUUGUAAAGGACGACCAUGAUCGAGGCCGAGAUGAAAGGAUAGCAAAACACGUGAUGGGUAUUCACAUGGGAGGACGAGGCGUUGAAGAACAGGCUGAAGCCGAAAUUUCAGUUGAUAAGAUGAAACGGUAUAUCAGCUACUGCAAGUCACGUUGCGCCCCCCGCCUAUCCCCCGAAGCCGCAGAAAAGCUCUCCUCCCACUUCGUUUCAAUCCGUAAGCAAGUCCACGCCGCUGAGCUCGAGGCCAAUGCACGAUCUUCUAUCCCGAUUACCGUCCGUCAACUGGAAGCUAUCAUACGUAUCACAGAGUCCCUCGCCAAGAUCUCACUGUCCCCGAUUGCGACGGAACAGCAUGUUGACGAAGCAAUUCGCCUUUUCUUGGCUUCGACUAUGGACGCGGUAAAGAUGGGCAGUGGACAGGGAAGUAAAGAGUUGAACGAGGAAGUAAACAAGCUUGAGGACGAGUUGAAGAAGCGUCUUCCUAUUGGCUGGUCUACUAGUUUACAGACUCUUAAAAGGGAACUCUGUGACGGGAAGGGCUACAGCGAGCAAGCUCUUGCGAGGGCAAUUACGAUUUUGCAGAGAAGAGAUACAGUUACGAUUCGUGGACAAGGGAGCCAAGUUUAUAGGAGCGGUGCUUAA